CAAAAUAUUUUGUUUGUGCUCGGCUGCGACGGAAAAGCGAAUGCCAAAAAAAUAUCGUAGUUUCGUAGUUUUAGCAGAUUUUUUCUCGGAAAUUCACGACAGUUGUGUAUUCAUAAUACCAUAAAUCUAGUCUAUCACAAUGCUUGGUCAAAGAUGUAUACGACUGAACACCAGAUCGGUGGUAUAUUUAAUCAUGUCAUUGAUCCUUACACAUAUCAGGAUCACCCAGACUUCUGUUAACUCAAAUAACCCGGAAGUGAUUCCUACAAAGUUGGAGAAAACAAGUACUGAUAAUGACCGGAAUGCUCUCACGAUUAACAAUUCCGGGAACAAAAUCCUGUCGGACACCAGUCACUGUCCGAACGAAACCUUGUGCAGCGAUUUGCCGAAUUCCUGCCUAAAUUGCCAGUACAAUCCGCAGUGCAUUUACGGAGCGGAAAUCAACGUAACUUGCAGUCCCAAGCCCACCGUCAGCUGUGUCCCGGCGGAUGGAUCCGGUGGAACGGAAGUGAAGCGUAAAACCCUGUGCCGCUAUUGCUACCAGACCGAGCGGUGGGAGCAAGCCUGCGAACAGAAGGGCGGUUGCAAUUCGAUUGAUUCUCAGUUCAAAACCAACUGUACCGUAAAUGGGGAGAUUCUUUGCAUGGGACAUCGGACAUUCAUGAAGAAGGUUCCUUGCAACUGGACGCAAGGCUAUCGCUGGUCGACGACGUUGAUUUUGAGCAUCACGCUGGGUGGAUUCGGGGUGGAUCGGUUCUUCCUGGGGCACUGGCAGGAAGGAAUCGGGAAGUUGUUCAGCUUCGGCGGAUUGGGUGUUUGGACGCUGAUCGAUGUGCUGCUCAUUUCGCUGCACUACCUGGGACCAGCGGAUGGGUCGUUGUACAUCUAAGGUAAUGUUUGAAUACUCGAUAUAAUGAUUCAUGUGAUAAAUAGGAUAGUCUGAUCAA